ACACAGCACUAUAAACAGUUGGAGAGGGAGAAGGAGUCUCAGGAGUCACAGGAGAGAACUGAAGAGAGACGGCCACGUAUUUAACAACAACAACAACACAUCACAAGCCUCUUCUUCUUCUCACUCACUGGAUUACUGUUCAGGGCAAUCUGCCAUCUCGGUGAAGAAUAACUGGACCUAACUGACACACCUGUGAGAGGAUUCUAAAACAGCCUUGCCAUGGCAACGACCCCAAGUGAGCUGAGUCGUAUCCUGAGCAACGUGAACGGAGCCGUGUACUCCACGGAGCCCCCACCACCCCUGCUAGCAUCACCCAUGCUCAGCACCAUCACCUUCCCUGCAGCCCCCCUCAGCAAACCCCCCCAGUUCACAGACUUGAUCUCCGCCACCACCAUGGGUCCCUGGCAGCAGGUGAAUCCAAUCUACUGGACCAAGAAGAACGUCUUGGACUGGAUCGAGUACCACGUGGACGAGAGCAAGUAUGACGCCAGCCUGCUGAACAUGGAGUGCUGCUUUGUGGACGGGGCCACUCUGUGCAGUCAGUCCUACGACACCUUCCUGUCCAUGUACGGCGCCCUGGGACAGACACUGUUCCAGAGCUUGGAGAGACUCAGGCUCAGGCAUGAUAUGCCAUGCGACCUCUCAGAUCCUUUCAACGAGACCUGUUACCUCCUGAAUGACUUCCUGGGAAGCCUACCGACACACCUGAGCGUGGAGACCCUACUGGACACAGUGGUGGUGAGCGACGAUAUCAAGAAAGAGCGGGACUCCCCAUACUACUCCAGCGGAUUUGGCUCGGACAUGACGCCCAUGAGCGACGGAUACGAGUCUGGCUCUUCCCUGUCUGACAGCCACACCAGUUACACCAUGGGCAACUUCAUGAACCCCAGCUCCCCGGACUCCACUGGAAGUGAAUCUGACCCAGAGUACAUGGACAAGCACUUCAUGCCCAAGACCUUCAUCAAGCAGGAGCACGGAGAGCAGAAGAAGAGGCCCCGGGGGAGACCUCCAAAGAUCAACAGGUGCAACGACCACUACACUGAGACCAAGAAAAGCAAGCAUGCUCCCCGGGGCACGCACCUGUGGGAGUUCAUCCGCGACAUCCUGAUCAACCCGGAACGCAAUCAGGGCCUGAUGAAGUGGGAGGACCGGCGCGACGGCGUCUUCAAGUUCCUCAAGUCGGAGGCCGUGGCCCAGCUCUGGGGCCAGAAGAAGAAGAACAGCAGCAUGACCUAUGAGAAGCUCAGCCGUGCCAUGAGGUACUACUACAAGAGGGAGAUCCUGGAGCGCGUGGACGGCCGUCGGCUGGUCUACAAGUUCGGGAAGAACGCCAGCGGCUGGAAGACAGAGGAGGUCAGCCUGGGAAUGUGAAGCGCAGAAGAGGCGGAGGCCAGAGACGGACAAGGGGGAAGGGGGGUGGAGACGGAGGUCAGGUGGAAAGUGAAAAAAUAGAGAGAGAGGGGCGUGUGUGUGUGGAAUGGCUGUCUGACAGUUUUGGGAAAAGAGGUGUCCUCUGACACCCUCUUUGCAAAGGGACAAAAGACUGAAACUCCCGCAAAAAAGGAAGUGCACCCAAAACCGCCUCCUCCUCCUCCUUCUACUACUGCCUCCCUCCGAAGUACAAAAGACACAGAAAUUCUCACAUGUGUGAAUGUGGGAGUUGGUGUUAAAGAAAAUGUAAGCCAACAUUUUUUGGCUAAAGUAGGUUUUAUGAACCAAUAUUGAUGAGGUAUGAAUGUGUUUAAUGUGUGAAUGUGUGCGUGUGUGUGAGAGUGUGUGUGUAUUUGAGCGCUAUGCUCUCUUCUGUGUUCAUGUUCCCUAAUGGUUGGAAACAUGAUUUGUUAUCUGAUUAUCGGUAAGGCACAGCUAUUGUCUCCUCUCAGGCCUCUCUAUCUUCUACCACUACUGAGAGAGGCAUUUGAGUACUUAAAUCUCCCCAUAGGAGUUUAGUUUGGCCCUUUGGUCCUUAGUCUUUUGUUGAAGUCUAGUUUGAAGCAUUACCAUGGCCUAUAUGCUGUAUGCUGAUUUACUCUCUGGGACAAAAUGGUGACGGCUCUUGUAGGGUUUCAUGCGCUAUUGUGAUGAAGUGGGUAGAAGUGGCAACCUCUCAGGCCUAACAAGCAAUCCAGCAAAUGGGUUCACCCAAAAUGGUAACAUGACACGACACCACUGUUUUUUUUCUUUAGUUUUGGCAAUACACUAAAAGGAUGGCUGGAAACCAUUUAAGAAUUAAAACACAUGUCGUUAUAUCCAAGGCAUGAGAAAGAAUUGACAAACUUGACGUGAAAUCCUGAAAAUAUUCAGGAUGAAUAGUAGACAACCGAAGAGAUGAAAUUACUGAGACCAAAGAACUGAAGAGUAUAACGAAGGUUCCGCACACUCAGGUUGAAUUUAAAAGUAGAGGAACUGUGAAUAGUCACAUGAUGUAUGGAAUCUCUAUUUUAUGUUAUAACGUGUUUUUUUUAUACAUAAAUAUAUAUUUGUAAACACACUUUUGUUAAUCUACAAAAUCUAUGCUAUCAAUGAUUGUUGUUUCUUCAGCAGGCCUGUUUUUGUUUAUAAAAAUCAUUCAAUAGCUUGUUAUGUAUGAGAGUUGAAUCUCAAAUGGUUAACACCUACAGUUACUGUACGAUGUACUUACAUUUGUGUAUGACAUUUUGUUCAUAUUUUGUACGUCUUUGUUAAAUAAAUUUCAUGAU